CACCGCUUGUAAACAUCGUAUUUGGCGGGUUUUGCUCUGUCGAGUUCCGCACUUUCUUAGGUUUGGUGCGCCUUUGGUUUUGGUUAGCUUUCGCGUUUUUUGUUGAGGUUUUAUACAAUACCUGUACUAUGGAACUCCCUUUUCGCAACUCUGGCCUAACUGCCUUCCAAUCCACCUCACUUUUGUUAAUCGAUAUCAUUGCCGUCGGAGGAAACGCUUUUAUUUGCAUGGCAACUGCACGAAAUCCCAGCCUUCGCACGAGCACAAACUUGUGGGUGACCGCAUUGGCUAUUGCGGACUUGAUCCGUUCUUGUGUCGCUGCACCUCUGACAGUGGCAACUUUAAUUUGUGGUCGCUGGAAUUAUGGAUCCGGUGGUUGUAUCAUUCAAGGAUUUUUCACGUACUAUCUAACCCUGGUCUCCCUCCUUACAAUGGCGUUCAUGGCCGUCAACAGGUACUGCAGAGUGGUUAAACCGUCUCUCUAUUUGAAGAUUUUCACUAGAAAGCGAUGCGUCACAGCUCUGAUAUUCCUGUGGACACUAAUGGCUUUGACAGUGUCAUUUCCUGUGCUGGUUGGAUGGGCAGAAUUUGCUUUUCACGGUGGUUACGCAGCUUGCGUUUUGCAUUUCCAUAAACCAAGUCUCACUGUGAUAUUUUUAACUUUGGACGCCGGCCUUAUUUUACUUCCAUGCACUCUUACAAUCGCCGGUUGCUACUUCAAAGUAUCACGAGCAGUACGUGAACAUAACGAUCAGGUCGUAUCAUCUCUCCAGGGAACCUUAAAGUCGAACUCCCAACUUAUAAACCGAGCGGGCGUCGAGGAAAUUCGCGUCACGAAAACACUUUUCUUACUAGUUUCAACGUUUACUCUUUGCUGGAUUCCAGCCUAUGUAAUCGGGUUUUUAAGCCGUGGCAAUUUGGUUUACAUCUCGCCUCAAGGUGCCCUUGCUGUUACAUUUCUUGUGGGUCUGAACUCCGCUUGUAACCCCUUUAUAUACGGCUACAUGAAUCGUUCGUUUCGAGUCGAGCUUUGGAAGCUUAUCCCUUGUAAAAGGAACGAAAACCAAGUUGUUCCGCACGUUCAUUCGAAGGACACUUCACCGCAGUCUUACACAAAGAGCCUUGCUGUCGUUGUAUCUACUUAGAGCUUAAAAAUGAUAUUCCCAGAAACACAUUCAAACGAUGAAAACUAGAGAUGAAAUCUGCUGAUCAUGAUAUUGCUGUCAUAUGGCUCAACAUUCAAUGUAGUGUAGAGAAAACUAGUUAACACAACCAAACAAGGCGUCUAACAGACGAUUCUCAAGAGGAAAUGCCACACAGAGAAACAAAACUUUACAGAUGUUCGCAGCUGUAAAAUGUGUCCUUUGCUAUCGUUACUAGUUGCAUUUGCCGCACUCGUUGCCUUAGA